UUGACGCAAAGUGCGGAUGUAAUUUCUGGAGGGCUCUUCUUAAGUAUGUCGACACAUCAUUCUGAAAUGUUUGAGGGCGCUCGUUUUUGAGCAGAGGUGAAUUAUAUAUCUUUUAGGCUUAAAAGCUUUUGAGAGCUGAUAACCAAGUCUCCCUGACGUUAAUGAGUGUGGGUCUCUAAGGAAUAAUUGCGUGUUUAUCAUUCGCUAUUCCUUUUCAAGGUAAGUGAAAUUCUCUGUUAUCAUGAAGAUGAGAAAUAAGGUUAUUUUCUGUGCUAAUAAAACAAAAAAAAAAUGAACGUGCUUCAUCCGUGUGUUGAUACAUUAAAGAAAAAAUUGAAAGCGUUUGAGCUCAAACAUAUGAUACAAAAUAUUUUACUGCGGAAUUCAUAGAAGCAAGCACUCAUCUUUUACCAACACAACCUACGACAAGACAAUUUUUUUUCGCUAAAGAACAAAUUAAUGAUUCGUGUAAACGGUACAGAAAUCAUGUAAAGAGUUCUUCCGUGUACAAGGUUAAAAAUAAAAUCGAGACCAAAGAUUUGCCGCAAUUUGACUGGCCUUUUUCAAUUAAAAAGCCUCAAUUCAAUGGACGAAUUCACAAAGCAAGUUCAACCCUCAUAUCUUCCCUCUUAAACUGAUAUGAAAGAAGGAAUCGAAUCAUUUCGUUCAAACCGAAUCUUUCGAGUGAAAGUUCUGCCUCGUUGUUUAACAAGGGUUGUGGAAAAUUGCAAGCACAGUAAGGUAAGGUAAGGAAAAACACGAGUCUUAUUUAACUUUUGUUUUCUUACCAAAUUGCCAUAGCUUUAAUAUUCUCCCCCAUAAAUCGAAUAGUCACGAAAUGUUUUGUUGUCAUAACAACAUGGAUCAAGACAUUUCAACAAAUAUUUGGAUGCUUGCCUCACUCGUUUCAUUUUCAUCUGUUAGUCGUGAGGCCGAUCAACAUCUCAGCCGCGAUUCUGUCUAAGAAACAACCUUUACAAUUCCCAAAUAACUGCAAAAGAUGUAAUAGUUGCCGAUAUCGAAGAAGCGGAUGAACAAAGGUGUAACGACUCAGACAGUAAAACAUUUAAUAGACGUGUUGUUGACUUGCAGCCGACUCAGAAUGGAUUUCUUCGUUUCUCUUUCGUUUGUUCGUCUCUCCGUCUUUUUUUAGAGCAUUUUUGUUUGUCUACUUGUUUGGUUUGGUUUGCGUUAAAUCCAUGGGCCAGAAAAAAACGUUCAAAGCAUAUUCCUAAAUAAUAUACACUUUCCAAUUUCAGCAUUGGUGACGAUGGCGUGGAAUUCAAGCUUCCUCAUCCUAUUGGCCUGUUUGUAUCUCAUGAACCUCGCUAUUGCUAAGAAUCCGUGCAAGACAGAAGUUAACGUACCUGGAAUGGCUCUCAAAGGCUUCGUCUUUAAAAAGGUCCCAGUAUCAGCUCCUCAUGUGUGCGAUAUCACCUGCGAGAGAGAAACGAUAUGUCAAAGCUACAAUUACGUAAUUGGGGAAAAGUACUGUGAAUUAAACACCCGAACCAAGGAAGCAAGGCCCGAGAAUUUCCAGCCAGAUGAUUUACGCUUUUACAUGGGACGCAUUAGUGGUAGAAGUAUGUAUCCGGUUUAGUUUAUUUUAAAUACAAAUCUUUCUCAAUGAGUUCUUAGUAAAAACCUGCCACUUUCCGAGAGCAAAUGUCUGAUUGCAUUGUUAUUAAAUACGUUAAUAUCAGCUAAAAUUCACAGAUCUUUAUUAUUAUUAUAAUUCCGUGUUUACCUUGCCCGAACAAAUAUAUUUUCAACUCUUAUCUGUUUUGAAACUUCUAUUAACCUUAAACUAUAUAUUAAUGAAGUCAUGUCUACAUCAUAGCCGCCUUGGGAUCUAUUCCUGAAUUACCAGCGUUAUCGUGCCAGGAGAUAAAAUUAAGUGAAGGUAAAGACAGCAUCAGUAAAAGG